GUUUGGACAUUAGAUGGUGAGCGUCGGGCCUUCUUGAAAACUGAUGGCCCGCUGGUGCAGGUAGAUGUUGCGCGUGUGACCUGGGUGUCGGUGGAGGCCUUGGACCACUUUGUCCUUUGUGCUCUAGAUUCCAAGUCAGUCAUAACCUUGUGGGACUCCAAAGCUGGGUUUUCUCCUAUCUUUCGCUUCUACAGCGGCUGUGAGGACCCGUUCGACCUUGUCCUGACACAGGAUUUCAUGGUCAUCAUCCAGGACAACCUUCCUAACAACCGUCUUGAUCUCUUCUUCUGGAAGCUCUGGCUUCAUCCCGACUUCGAGGUGGACGGCACGGAUAAUCAAUGCAGUGAGGGCCUCGAGAGACGGCGCCGCGAAGGAAGACACCAGCGAGAGGCUUCUUUGGAGUCGCUGCCUGCAGGGGCUCGCUUUGCGCCUCAAGGUGGUGCCCUUUCGGCUGUAGCCUCAUCAAUUUGA